AUUCUUAACCACAUAUAGACAUUGUUAAUAGUCCAUGUCCAUAUAGAUAUAUAUGUAUGUAUAUAUAGGAGUGAUGGUGGAGAUUUUGGAGUCCAUUGAAAGGCUUCUUAUUUCUUGAACAUAUGAGAGAUUUGUUGGAAGGGAAGAUGAUUUAAGGGUGGAGCAGUUAGUUUCCGACGAAAGAUCUUACUGCAUCAAUCGAGGUUAUACGUAGAGGUUGCGGAAGUGAUGGCGGAGGAGGAUAACUACACGAAAGACGGGACGUUGGACUACCGUAACAAUCCUGCAAACAAGAAGAAAACAGGAACUUGGAAGGCCUGCCCCUUUAUUCUUGGAAACGAAUGUUGCGAAAGAUUAGCAUACUACGGGAUGAGCUCCAACCUGCUUAAUUAUUUCACUACUCAACUGAAUCAACACAAUGCUACUGCUUCAAAGAAUCUGUGGAACUGGUCGGGAACAUGCUACGUCAUGCCGUUGGUGGGUGCAUUUCUUGCUGAUGCAUAUCUAGGGAGAUACUGGACUAUUGCGAGCUUCUCUAUCAUCUACGUUCUUGGAAUGACCUUAUUGACGUUAUCAGCCUCCGUUCCUGGCCUGAGGCCGACGUGUUACACGAAAGAUGAAUGCUAUGCGACAAAUUCUCAAACUGCAGUCUGUUUCUUGGCGCUGUACAUGGUGGCACUAGGAACAGGCGGCAUCAAGCCUUGUGUUUCCUCAUAUGGGGCAGAUCAAUUUGAUGAUGCUGAUGAGGUUGAGAAGGGCCACAAGAGUUCGUUCUUCAAUUGGUUCUAUUUUUCGAUCAAUAUCGGUGCAUUGAUCGCCUCUUCAAUCCUUGUCUGGAUACAAGUGAACAUCGGGUGGGGAUGGGGAUUUGGUGUGCCGGCAGUGGCAAUGGCGAUUGCCGUAGCAUUUUUCUUUUCAGGUACACGACUGUAUCGGUACCAAAAACCCGGCGGCAGCCCUCUCACCCGUCUUUGCCAGGUGCUGGUGGCUUCCUUGAGAAAGUAUCGAGUUGCAGUGCCUGGUGACAAGUCUCUUCUGUACGAGACUACUGAUGCCGAGUCUGCAAUAGUAGGGAGCCGCAAGCUUGAUCAUACGAAUCAAUUUCGUUUCUUAGACAAGGCAGCAGUGGAGAAAGAGUCAGAUCACAGCAAGGGCUCAGUAAACCCAUGGCGGCUCUGCACCGUCACACAAGUUGAGGAGCUGAAGGGGAUCAUACGCCUGUUGCCCGUGUGGGCAACUGGAAUCAUCUUCAGUGCCGUCUACGGACAAAUGGGUAACCUGUUCUUGAUGCAAGCCGGGUACAUGGACGCGCGAUUAGGCCGGUCCAACUUCCAAAUCCCAGAAGCCUCACUCGCCAUUUUCGACACCAUAAGUGUAAUAUUCUGGGUACCAGUCUACGAUCGUUUCAUCAUCCCAAUGACAAGAAAAUUUACAGGCCACAAGAAUGGUCUGACUCAGCUGCAGCGCAUCGGGACCGGACUAUUCAUAUCCAUCUUUCCCAUGAUAUCAGCCGGGAUUUUGGAGAUCUUCCGCCUCCGAAUAGUAAGACGGCACAAUAGCUAUAAUGUUAAGCAGGGGCCUAUUUCCAUAUUCUGGCAGGUCCCUCAGUACUUCAUCAUAGGUUGUGCAGAAGUUUUCACAAACAUCGGACAACUGGAAUUCUUCUAUGAGCAAGCGCCCGACUCGAUGAGAAGUUUAUGCGCAGCGCUGUCUCUCACCACAACUGCACUUGGGAACUAUUUAAGCUCUUUGCUAGUGACAAUUGUGAUGGGUAUCAGCACUAGGGGUGGGAGGCCUGGAUGGAUACCUGACAACUUAAACUAUGGGCAUCUCCAUUAUUUCUUCUUGCUUUUGGCAGUGCUGAGUGUGCUUAACUUGGGAGUUUUCAUUGUGGUAGCAAAGAAGUAUUCUUACAAGAGAGCAGUAGGGACUCUGCGCUGAUUGCUAUGGGAAGUUUGUCAUUGCAAGAAAACCACAUGUUUGUAUAUAUAUUAUGUGUGAAAUAUUAUAUAUGGAUCAUUUGAUGAUGUUGGUGAACAGUAGAGUAGUGAUUAACCACAGACAUGAGAAUAAGAGUGUAUAUACAGCAAGCGCUUUCACAUUUGAA